CCUCUGUGUCAGGUGACCUCAGUUCGCCUGGUAACAGAGAAAGCGUCGCUAGGAAGUGAAUAGUGCGAUGAGUUCGCGGCAAAAAAAUAGCUUUUUUGAGGCAAUCUACGGCGAAAGUUUACGAAUACCGGGAACGGGUGUACAGUUUAUCUGUGAGAAGAAGGGAGUAAAGUUGUCUAAUUUAUCACAAUUAUGCGUCGUCGAGUACUAGCUAGCUCAUUCACAUCUCGUGGCAUGAGAGAUAAAACAAGAUUAAGUUAGCAAGCUAGCUGCUGGCAGCUAGCUAGCUUAGUAGUCAUAGUCAAUUACGCACCCCAGCUGGGCAGGUAAGCAAAACUAGAUCUGGCUUGCCACCACCUGUUUUAGCUCGACAAGUCACUGUAAAAAAAAAUUAUAUAUUUAUCUGUUUACCAUUGAAAGUACCGUUAGCCUGGUGUGUGUGUCCGAAUAACACUGCUACAGCUAUGGAAGUAGUGUCGUCGUCGGUUGGGUUAAUGCGAUGUGGCAGUAAUCAUAAUAGGAUUUCACCCUCCUUCCUGAAUAAAGCUUCCUUCUGUCUGUCGCCCGAUUUAUUUAUUUAGCUCAUGGAGUGUUUACAUCAUCACACAGUUGAAUAGGUAGACUACUGUAACGGUGUCAAGUGACAGAGUGUGUGCACGUUGUAUUAAUCUGUGUGUUGGGUUGAUAUUUCAGCAGAAGGUGGUUGACAGUUGAAGAAUAACACUACCCUAAUCUGCUCAUAUGGGUUGGGGACCUGGGUGGUAGCUCUGCUUGCUUCCACAGCCAGGUUGUUCUGACACAAACAUGGGGAAACUUCAGAGCAAGUUCCGAAGGUCACGCUCUGAACUGUACAGGGCGACCAAAGGUGAUGGCGAGGAUGCUGCUGUUAGUCAGGUGAUACAGUAUGAACCCGCCCACCGUGAUGCCGUCAACUGUGUCACCAACCUGACCUCAGACCUCUGUGUGUCUGGAGGAGGUGACAUGGCAGUGGUUGUGUAUGACUGGAGAGGAGGGAAGUUAUGUCAGUCAUUCCAAGGUCACAACAGAGAGGUUACCAAGGUGGAGUGUUUUCCUGGAAGCACUUGGAUCUUUAGUGCGUCUCGAGACAAGAGUGUUAUGAUGUGGGAUCUCAACCAGGGGGACGAGCCCAUCCAGGAGUUCUGUGGCCAUGAGCUGGUGGUCAACGGGCUGGCCGUCAGUCCAGAUGGGUCGAGGCUGUGCACUGGUUCCCGUGACAACUCCAUGUGCCUCUGGGACAUUGAGUCUGGCGAGCGUGUGCAUAAGAACACAGUCUCCAGAAACCUGGUUACUCACGUGUGCUGGGUGCCUGAGAGCUGCUGCAUCGUUCAGACAUCCGAGGAUAAAACCAUCAGGGUGUGGGACAGUCGUACCUGGCAGGUCACUAACACGUUCCCAGCCAAGCAAUACAUCCAGACACACUGUGACAUCAGCGCCAACGGCAACCACCUCCUGUCCAGCAGCAAUGGCUUCGGAGGCCAAGGCUGUGAGGCUACGCUUUGGGACCUCAGGCAGCCUGGCUGUAAGGUGGUGGAGUACCGGGGCCAUCGCGAGACCACCGCUUGCUGUGUGUUCCUGCCCUCCAGCCCCGGGGGCCCUGCGCUCGUAGCGUCCUCCUCUCAUGACUGCUCAGUCAAAAUCUGGGAUCAAAACACUGCAGCCUGUCUGACCACUCUGACCCUGGAUGGAUCAGGUCCUUUGGUGUCUUUGGCCCCAAGUGACUCCAGCAGUCUGCUGUGUGCCAGCUUUAACACAGGGCUCCACAUACUCCACCAUCACAAGGAUGGGCUGGACCUAAAGGAGGUGGCACGCUUCUGAUGAGGGCACAGGACCGGUGCCGGCACGGUAACCCGAAAACCCAUUACACUGUGGGCCACACAGACCUCCAAGCCAGCGGGGCCCUUUAACUCAGAUGGACCCGAUCAGGAGACACCAUCCCUGGGUCAACUGAUGGGAGAAGACCCCUGCGAGUCAUUCUAAAUCAGGGUCGAGCCCUAGACAUUGUACUCAGAGCAUCAGGCGAGGCCCAACUGCUUCGGGACAACAGAAAUGUUUUGGAUGUUUGGAGACUAAGUGGAUAGUGAUAGCUUUAGCACGUACAAUUAGCCAAAUUAAGUAGACAAUUGUGGAAUCGUUAAUCAGAUAGUUUAGGAAAAACUGUAACCACUAUAAAACAGAGCGGGCAGAUAAAUCAUGAAUCGUUUAGAGCAGGGGUGUAUUCACUAGGAACCAAACGGGCCCGAAACGUGGAGGGACUAAUCCUGAACUUGUCCAAUAAGAGCAAAUGUUCAUUGCAAAAUAUUCAGUUGCAAAAAAAAUGCAUUUUGCUUCGGUGUGCACUAAUGAAUACACCCCAGUCGUGUCCAAAGUCUAAUAAAGUGUCUACAUUCUUAACGACAGUUUAUUUGAAAUGGCUUCACGACCCCAUUUUAAUAAUAUAUUAACUUACCACAUUUUAUCAGCCGCUUUUAUCCAAAGUGAUGACUUAGUCAUGCGUGCAUAUAUUUGUAUUUUUUUACGUAUGAGUGGUGCCGGGAAUCGAACUCACUAUCCUGGUGUGGCAAGCGCCAUACUCUACCAACUGAGCUACAGCGCAACCAGGCAGUGCUAAUGUCGACCCGGCUUGUGAUACUCGACUUCUGCGACAUACUCCGUUAUUACGCUGGCAAAAAUUGGAACUUGUGGAAUGCAAUCUAUUUGUAUUAAACUGACCUGAGAUACUGCCACACUGUAGGUCAGCGUUUGCCAAACUAGGGGUAACCACUAGGGGUGACCCCCUAAUGGGGUCACCAGUUUUGAAAAAUAGGGGUCUCGAGAGAAACUCUGAAAUAAAAUGUUACAUUUGCGCUUGGUUAAUAGGAGGCGGGAUUACAUCAGUAACCUCCGGUAGUCGCUAGAUAUGGUUGUAAUAAACAGAGCGGUUCUGUUUUCUUCCUACAAAUGUGGCUCCAUCUUUCGAACGGUUUAAGCUACAAAAUAUUAUGACCCCCCCCCCCCCCCCCC